UUAUUUAGUUAGAUAACAAAAUCUGCAUCUUCUUCCCAGAUUCUGCAAAUCAUGAGCACUUGUAUCUUCCAACGCCAACACCAACACCAUCAUCGUCAUCUUCUUCUUCUUCCUUCACAACAUGAUACUCGUUCUUUCAAGCUUCAAUCCUUCACACAAAUCCCCAGUUCUUCACUUCGGUUUCGAACCCUAUCCUCCAGGCAAAACCCUAGUGCAAAACCCUCUCUUCAAAACCCCCAAUCUGAUUCCCAAAUUGCUUCAAACGAUGACGAUCUUUAUUCACCUUCUGCUUCCACUGAAUCCAACCCAUUCGUCUUGACCUUGUUAAUUCAAGGCUUCAGGGAGAAGCUUGGGUUUGAUGAACUUGGAAUGGAGAUCAUGUCCAUUGCAUUGCCUGCAGCAUUAGCUCUUGCUGCUGAUCCAAUUACUUCACUUGUUGAUACUGCAUUUAUCGGCCAUUUGGGUUCUGCUGAAUUAGCUGCUGUUGGUGUUUCUAUAUCAUUAUUUAAUCUAGUGGCAAAAUUGUUGAAUAUUCCUCUGCUCAAUAUCACAACCUCAUUUGUUGCUGAAGAACAGGCAGUAUCAGUCGAGGCCGAUGACGGUUCUACUUGUGUCAACCAGGAUGAUGUGGCUGGCCGUCCAAACAAGAAGUUUUUGCCGUCAGUUUCAACUUCUUUGGCCAUGGCUACUACCUUUGGCAUUGCGGAGACCAUAGCACUUUCAUUCGGUUCUGGUUUCUUAUUGAACACCAUGGGUAUACCUGUUGAUUCACCGAUGCGAGUACCGGCAGAGCAGUUUACGUCCAUAAGGGCGUUUGGUGCUCCAGCAAUUGUAUUAGCUUUGGCUGCACAAGGAACUUUCCGUGGCUUUAAGGAUACUAAGACUCCUCUAUAUGCUAUUGUUGCGGGAAACCUGCUAAAUGCAGUACUUGAUCUAAUAUUGAUUUUCUUUUGUGGACUUGGUGUUAGUGGUGCUGCAAUUGCGACGGUAAUUUCCGAAUAUCUGACCGCCUUCAUCCUACUGUGGAAGUUAAAUGAAGAAGUAGUACUUGUUACUCCAAAUAUAGAUGGUGAAAAAGUUGCUCAAUAUUUAAAAUCAGGGGGGCUUUUAAUGUCUAGAAGCUUUGCUGUACUUGUGACUAUGACUCUAUCUACAUCAGUGGCAGCACGGGAAGGGUCUGUGCCAAUGGCGGGUCACCAGAUCUGCUUGGAAGUGUGGUUGGCUUUGUCGUUGCUAACGGAUGCUUUAGCACUUGCAGGACAGGCGAUUCUUGCUAGUAGUUACUCACAAAGGAACUACGGUGAAGCACGGAGAGUCAUAUACAGAGUUCUGCAGAUUAGCUUAAUAGCAGGAUGUAGCUUGUCCUUUAUCUUGUUCUUCGGGUUUGGAGAUCUAUCUUAUUUGAUCAGCACCGAUUCAGAAGUUCUAAAUAUUGCAAAAUCUGGUACCUUGUUUGUAGUUGCAUCUCAGCCGGUAAACGCUGUAGCUUUUGUACUUGAUGGGCUAUAUUAUGGGGUUUCAGAUUUCGGAUACGCUUCAUAUUCUAUGGUGGUAAUCGGAUUAGGAACCUGUGCGUUCUUUCUUCUUGCUGGUCCUAAAUUUGGUCUUGCUGGAGUGUGGACCGGAUUGUUUGUAUUUAUGACAUUGCGAGUAGUGGCUGGAAUCUGGAGGUUAGGAACAAAGAGAGGGCCAUGGAAACUUGUUUACUCUGAAACUGAUCAAGAAAACCGAUGAUUUAUGUUGAAACCGUGGCCAGAAAACAGUUUUUCACAAUGAUUUCUCGGCUAUCAUACGAAGCAAAUUCUAUUGGUUUCCAGGCGGGGGAUUUCAGAUACAAAAUAUGUAUUUGAAGUGAUCAUAUACAAGAACACAGGCAGAAAACCCGAGGGCGCCUUUAAAGAACACAAGAAUUUGAAGAACAAACGGUUAUGCACCAAUUUAUGGACCCUAGUGGAUCUACAAACCAAAUUAUAUACAUAAAAAUGGGUUACUAGAUAUCAUGAUAACAAGAGCAAAGAAGCUAUAUUUGAAAUGUUUCAUGACUUGUUUACAUUGUAUAGACUUCACUUGAAAUUUGUUACCUAAUCAAGUCAUUUACUUUGCUUCUUCA